AUGAAAAUGUACAACCUCAACGACUUCGCACGUAGCUAUGGUCUCUCCCUGCUUCUACCUCUAUCUAUGUUCUUCAUCCACAGUCUCGCUUUCCGGCUUUCGUCUCCACGAUGCGCCACAAUCGCAGCGGUUGCGUUGAUGGUCUACCACACGUUCAUGGUGACUGAAGCAUACCAUUAUGCAGUCCAAAUGGGAUGGUCAUGGGCAGGCAUACGGGUGUUGAUACGAGAUGGGACGUACUGUGUGUUCUUUCUGAUUGCCGCGGUGGAUAUAAUUCGUGAUAGUGGGAAGAGGGCUAUUGACAGUGAAUCCAAAUGA